AUGCACAGGUGGACCUCCACGGAGCCCGUUAAGCCGGAGGGCAACCUGCACCGAGCUGGAGCUGCCAUGCAGGUGCACAACAUCCCAGCUCCACCGCCAAGCCUGUGCACGUUUGUUUGGGAGCAAGCCCCACUUGCACUCAAGAAGGAGCUUGCACCCAAGGCACCCUGUGCACGCGCGCGCGCACAUAUAUAAAGAGGGCUACAUGGCCAGGCAGCCCCACCCUGGGACCCCACGAACGAGUCUCCCCUUCCCCCGCCCGUGGGAAACACACAGAACGAAGCUAGCCUAACCCAACCCUGCAAUCGCCUCCGCCGUGCAGCUGCACCCCUCGGCCCCACAGCGCGGCGCCCUUCCCGGACACGAGGCCCCACAGAGCCAGAUCUGUGGAAUCCACCUCCUUGUUCAAUUGGAGGGGGAGUUAAGAUGUUCGAUUCUUCCAAGGAAUGGGGGGGCCCUCCCUCCCUCUCUCUAUCAGGCGAGCGUGCCCCGGAUCGCAGCGCUGCACGCCGGCUGGAACAAAACUCCUCCAGCGCGGCUGCCUCUCUCUCAGGUAAGCGCCCCCUGGAUCGGAGCCCUGCUGCAACAACGGCGGUGCACGCUGCCUGGGGAGGGAGCCCCGCUGGCGUGCAUGGCGGGUGGGGAUAGCCGCUCUCAGGUGAGCGUGGCCCGGAUGGCGGGCCCCCACCCACCUCCCCCACCCCCGGCGUGUAGGCGCGCUUACCUCCUGCUCGCGGGGAGAGCGAGGGGCGGCGGCGCCUCCCAGCCCCUUCCCGCCCACAGCAGCAGCGGCGGCGGCGGCGGCGCUGCCCUUCGCGGCGGCUCCUCUUCCUCCUGCCCGCUCGGCCGCCUCUCGCUGGAGGACCCGGCGGUGGUGGUCUUCCUCCGCCGCCGCCGCCUGCUCCUCCUCUUCAGCGGCCCCGGCGCGUCCUGGGGGCGUCCGCCUGGAGGGGGCAUCCCGCGCCGGCCUCGCCUCGCCUCAUCGUCCUCCGGGAGACCCCCGACUCCCUACCCAGAGGCGGGGAGGGGGAAGGUAAGGGCCCCCCCGCACACAACAAAAGCCUGAGGCGGGGGGGGGGAGAUGAAGGGAGGGGAAUUUUUUUUCAAAAAAAAUUAACCGUUUGAGGGGGGGAGGGACGAAGCACCGCCUCUUUAUUUCUGAGGAGAAACGGAAUGAAAGCUGAGGUAGGUGGCGGGGGGGGAUGGAGGCGCCGCUUCCCCUCCGCUCUUCUUCUCCUCAGCGCCCCUUCCUCUCUCCCUUCCCGCCGCUCUGUCGGCGCCUCAGCGCAAAAAGCGGGGAGGCCGACUGAGAGAGAGGCCCCGCGCCACGACCACACCGGCUCCGCACUGGGGAAGGGUCGGCGGCGGCUGCCCGCGAGGGAGAAUGAGAGGCGGAGGAGGCGAGGAGCCGCAGCCAGGCAGGCGCAAGGCCCAUGCGCGCCGCCCAAGCCCCGCCCCCUUCUCUCUCGCUCUCUCGGAAGGUGGGGGAGAAAGGGGGCGACGGGAGUUCGGAGUGGGGCGGGGGAGGGGAGCUCCUCCUUCUGCGUUGAGCGCCCUGGGGGUGGGAGGAUAAGUUCAAUGUGCCGUGUUGGGAAGGGGGAGGGCUCAGGGACUGGGUACGAUCCUAUACCUGGGGGAGGGCGUGGGCAGAAGGCGGGUCUCCCUCUCUGGGCGGGAUGCGCGAGGUCCCCAGGGGGUUGCGCUCCGAUCCCCCUUGCAAAAGGGGUGGCUGGCCUCGUCUGGCGCUGUUGGUUUUUCUUGCAGCAGUUAUAAAAGAAGAAGAAAAAGCAGUGAAAUAAUAUCAGAAUCGUAGAGUUGGAAGGGUCCCUUAGGGUCAUCCAGCCCACCCCAUUGUAGCAUUCGAACCCGCGACCCAAAGUCUCAUGCUCUGCCGACUCAGUUGCUUAUGUCAUGCUGUCUUAAGUCUUCCUUCUUUGGAGGAAGUCAUAUGCUUUAAAUGUCCGUUUUAAUUGUAUGCUGUGGAUCUUGAUUAGGACGGAGAACAGUGGCAACACAUAAAUUCCCCAUUCCCUUAAAUUCGGCAGCUGAAAUGAAGAAAGCCUGGGCUGACCCAGAGUGGGCUUUAGUGACAAAGGAUUGUGAGCUCCAAGCAGAUUUGGUACUGAAAACCCAUCCCAGACUCAGAGUGUGUUCAAGGGUACCCAGUUCUCUCAUUGUGUUUGUCUUUUACAAGGUGGCUCAGGUUGGCAAAUCUUGGGGUUCUGGUAGGUUCUACAAACCCAAAGUGUACCUACUCCAGCUAUACCUUCUUAAGCUUGGAAUGAGCCCUGCAGGACUUGAUGAGGCUUAUUUUUGAAGAAGUGUGCAUGGGGUUAUGCUGUAUUUUAUGCUAUUAUAACAACUAGAUAGAAAACAUGAGCCCCUCUGCUCACAAUCUGAAAAUCAGCAACACAGAAAAAGCAACAAAGAGAUAUUGUGGCACCUUAAAGACUUAACACAAAACUAGUUCACGAAAGCUUAUGGCAUAGUAAACGUCGUUAAGUUUUUUUGAUGCCACAACUUAGACUCUGCUGUGUUUUGUUUUGUUUUGUUUUGUUUUGUUUUGUUUUGUUUGCAACAGACUAACACAAAGACCACUCUGGCUUCCUGCUUUGGGGGGGUCAUUCACAGUGUGGUACAAUACCUUAUUUGACCCACAAAGGCUGCGUAUACAUUGUUGGCUUAAAAGGCAUCUAGGACUAGAUUGUUGGGUUUUUUCCCUGCAUUUGGACUGAAGCUGGUUUGGGGGAAAAUGCAUUGGAAAGCAGCAUUUCGUAAGGAAGUCCAGAACAGACAUCGAUUGUGACCAAAGUGCGUACACAUGAUUAGUUGUGAUUCCUGCAUUGCAGGGGGGUUGGCCUGGUGACCUUUAUGGUUGUGUACGACUCUAGUUCUAUGAUUCACCACUUUCCAAACCAGAGGUAGGAGGAGCACACUGGAAGUAGAGUAUAGGGGAAUGUGUACAAAGCCAACGUCACCUGUAAAUUUCGAAACAUGACACAAAAAGAGGAGAGCUAGAGGGAAUGGGUGGGGCUUUGCAGAAGGUGGGAAAGAAUGAAAGAAAGGAAAAAUUGACAGUGUCAUCUUAUGUGUGCUAACGUGAAAGCAGGUCCCACUCUGUGUCUAAAUGGGGCUUACUCCCAGAACAAUUUGUGUGUGGGAAUAAGUCCCAUUGAAUUCAGCUUGAUUUGCUUCUGAGUAGGCAUGGUUAGGAUUGCCCUGUAAUGCUGAAAUGCUAUGUGCACUUACUACAGAGUCCGUUCUGGAGGACUUAAUGGGACUUCUGGCCCAUAGCACUUCAGAUUGCAGAUGGGAGAUUGCAGGACUGAAUGCUUUCUCUCUCUCACACACACACACACACACACAGAGAGAGAGAGAGAGAGAGAGUACCUAAACUAGCAGGUCAGGGCUAGAACCCACUUACAUAACUUGCCAGUUUUCUAUGUACAUGGAAGUGGUUUUGUAUAAGAUGCUUUGGAAGUCCAAGGGUCAGUGGAAGCAUCCUGCCUAAUUAUUUUAAAGAGUGGUCCCAGCCUAACAAGCUGUUGUUGUGCUGGGGCCUCAGUAUUUAACUUUUUACUUAGGUUAACAGGAAAUACAAAUGCUUUAAAAAAUACUUUCACAUUAUUUUUAUUCUUUUGCAAUCGAAAGACUGUACAUACACAAACCCCUUACUACAGCCACCUCCAUAAAGCCUCUGAUAUUUUGCCAUGUGGCCACAUCCACACAAUACAUUUAAAGCACAUGAAGCACAUAAAGCAAAUCCUGGGAUCCUUGCGACAUGGAAUGACAGCCUGUGAGCAACCACUCUUCAGUAUACCGGUAACUUUGGGGGGGGGUCUCCUAUCAUAUUUGAAGGCCUACCUUCUCCUUGAGCAACUCUUUCAACCCAGCACAGAAGAGUAAUCUGGAGAGGUAUAGUCAGGUGGGAAGGAGUCAUCGGGCAACCACAGCACAUUUAUAGCUUGGAAGUGUAUGUGGCUUGGCUGAGUCAACGGUGAGUUUCAUGCAUGGGUGUGUGAGCUGGGCUGAGCAUAUUGGGCUGUUCCAGUUACUGCAGCCUAAAGCUAUUUCUUCACAUUGCCUUGCAUCAUAGUGUUUUCAGUCCUAAUAUGCAGGAUUCAGAAGUUGGUUGGGGCGGGGUGGGGCGUUCAGGAUAGUUAUUCCUAAUUAUUUUUAUUUCUUUAAAUAUAUAUUUUUAAAAACACAAAAUUUGAAUAUGGUGUUGGGGAGAUAAAAACAAAAUACAUAAAAUGUAACGUUAAAAGGGAAAAAAAAUACAUUAAAUCCACCUGUAAAACCCGCAUGAGCAAGCCCAACCAUGCUACAUGAAAAAUAUUGGUGGGGUAAAAAGUCUUCAGGAGGCACUUUAAAAAGCAAUUUUUUGUGCCAUCAUAAUUUCCUGGGAGGGGAAAUAUUAUUACGUACAUAAAUAAGAUAUUCUAGCACACCUGAGUCACAUUCCCUUGUGGACUUGGGACAUCGAAAGGUCACUGUGUUUCUGUAUAAAAGGAACUCUUCCCCCAUAAACUUUGUUGUUGUUGUUAUCCAUCUGCCUUGAGAGACAAUGGAGUGUGCUUCCAGAGGUGAAGUCAAACCACUGCAUUAACAGCACCGAAGUGACCUCCCUGGGGCAUAAGCCUGGUCACUGUGUAUGGAGGUUCUAGACUGCCCAGACGACAAUAUUGCCUCACUGAGAUAGUCCAUAGGAAAGCAGAUAAAUACAUUUGGCACUAGAUUGGCUUCAGGAGUUGCCAGAAGGAGGCAUACAAGGCACCAUUCAACAGUCUUAGAGACUCCACUCCAGAUUUGUGUAGAGUUCACUCCUUAGACUUUUCUUCUCCUGUAUCCUGCAAGGCAGCAGAAGUUUAGGAUCAGAGUUCUCCUUCUCCUAGAUGGCCUAUUUUCCCAGGUUGAAGAGCCCCAUCUGCCCCUCAGUUCCCUCUACAUGCAGGAACUGCCUUCUUGACCAUUGGACCCAUUAUAGGUCUCAUCUCCUCAAUCCACUGGAGAUUGUCUUUGCAUGCAAGGAAAGUCCCUAACUCACCAAGGGUUUGAGACCCAUUGGCUACCAUCACCUGGUUUUGCCGGCCAGUUGAAGCUGUUCCCAGGUUGUAGCUGCUGUUGCACGCUGACAGCUUCUAGGAGCCACAGGUGAGAGCUGAGUGCAGGGUGGGAACCAAAGGUAGACAAUAAGGAGCACGGCACCCCAUACACCACACACCCUACAAACACGGACAUUGUAAAUGUGAUCAGUCAGCUUAAGAAAGGAUACCUUGACCUUGCCAGGAGCUGCCUACAUGCUCUUUCCACCUGAGUUGCCCCUUGACUGUAAAAAAAAAAAAAGCAUAAAGUAAAAUAAGAUAGGGGAUUGCUAUCCCAUCAUUACCCAUUUUGUAAACCCUAUUGCAAGCAUUCUUAAUAAUAAUAAUACUAAUAAUAAAUUUUAUUUAUACCCCGCCCUCCCCAGCCAAGGCCGGGCUCAGGGCGGCUUAAGAAGGCCUGAUACGGUAGUAGGAUAUUAUAUGUGACUAUACGGAAAGUUAAGCUGCCACGUAAAGGAUAGCACGUUUUAGUGAGAAAUAAAACUGGACUAUGGCUCAGCAAAAUAUUUUCCAAGAACAAAGGGAUUCUUAGCAUUUGAAGACCUUGCAAUGCAUCCUUUUGAAAUUUAUUUCCUUUUCCCAUUAAAUAUUUUUAGUGCUGUUCCCCUGCUGAAUUACUGGGAGCAGCCUCUGUUCCCAGAAUGGCUCUAAAUCAACUUGAACUCGACUUAGGUCCUUGCCUUUGCGUCACUGUGUGAGAUCAGCCUCGGAUCAAUAAGUUGCUGCCUGUGCCUUUCAUGAAUUAUGGAAUCAUUGAUCAUAGAUAAUUCAGUAGUUUUGGUCGCAAUUGCAAUUAAACAUUAAUAUGUCACAAAUCCCUCUUGCACUUGAUCGUGCAAUCGUAACAUUUUAAUUGUAAAAGAAAGUUACGCUCUUCUCUCAGAUGUUGGGAGAAUGCCACUACAGAGACUAACAAUGUCUUAAAGAUGCUGUACUCAGCAGCUGCUCCUAAGAAACAGAUCACCAAAGCAUCACCAAUCUUUGUUGUGAACAACAGGAAGGAAUCAACAUUGGUUUUGGAUGUUAUAUUUCACCGACCCAACUGUGACUGAAGCAGUGUUCGAAACUCCCAUUGUUCUAUGUGCAUUUUGCAAUAGGGAAUUUCAUCAGUGUGAGCAGUUUCUGAGCUCUGGGCACAGUACUGCGCCUAAAAGUUCAGAUUAAAACUGUAGAGUGGAAGGAAAGGAGGACCUUUUUCUGCCUCCCCACUUCCAGCUACUCUCUGAAGACUGGAGAAGAGACCCUCUUAAGAAUAUUAGCGGGGUAGGCAAGGGAAGGACUAGACCCUGUGAAAAAUGAACAUAAUAUUUUAGAUACAGUUCAUUCAUUUUCAGCUUUGUAUUCUUGUUAUUUAAAAAGUGCACCUAGAUAUUCUGUUGUUGCGCCAAUAAGCUGAGUUUAAGGUACCAUUUAGCUCCUAGCUUUCAUAUCUCAGUUUCUAACACUGGACUGUAGGGUAGGUACAUUUUCAUACUGUACAGAAUCCUGGAGACACGAAUAAGGCAGAGAGCUGAAUGUAACCAAAAUGCAGAAAAAGCAACCUAUGGGGUUUUGGAAAUCCUAAACAAACAACUAGGAUGAAGUCCAGUGUACGUCAGUAGGACUUAAUUCCAAGUACCUGGUUGCUCCUUGCCCUGAGUAGUAGAGCUGUGUGCAGAAUGCCUUCCGCAUUCUGUUUUAUGUUCACCCCAACAAAGCCCACCCCCACUGCUGCUCUUCGGCAGCAGACUCUGCAAAUAGGUCAGCCAUAUUUCUGGGGAAGAUGUACACAAGGGAGGCUUGUAAUAGAUGAGUGCUAAUCUAUUUUUUGCCGUUCUAACAAAGAGAAAUGCUGAAUCCAAUUCCAGAAAGACUGUGUGACCAAGAAAACAUUAGAAAAAUUAGGAAGGGGUGCAUGUGAAACAUUUCAAAAAGAGCAGUUCCCUUAAAGCUAACACAUUAGGAAAUGUGUAUGCAAACAUUCAUCCUGCACUGUUUCAGGGUCCUGUUUUUUGCUCUAGGUAAGGGCAGUGCACUUUCUGAUUACAUGCUCCACAAGGCCAGUUCUUGAAUUCCCAGGCUGGGCCCCUAUUUGCCAGCACCAGCCACAGCACUAGGAGGCAGCUGACAGUGUUGUGAGACAAUGAAGUCAAAGGCUGAUAUCCAUGACCUUUGCAACUUGACUUUUCUUGACCUGGACCGUCUUGGCAGAGUUUUAAAAAGGCAGCCAAACAAAGCAAAACAAAACUGUAGCCUAGGUUUUUUUUUACCUUUCACGUUCAGUCCUGCCUACAGGUUGCUUCUUGUCUUUUCCUAUCUAUUCUGCAAUCAAGAGGCCGGUAGAAUCCAAGUCUCACUCCAGGCUGGAAAUUAGACAUAAGCUGCAAUUUUAAGAAUGCAAUUCCUUCACAUAAUGUGAUCAGGAAGUAGAGGCCACGAAGUCAGUCUUUCUCUUUCCUCCUCCUCUUCCUUUUUUCUACUAUUUCCCAUAGUCUCAGGUCACUUUCCCAUGUGCAGUUUUGCUGUUUGUGUAUGCACAAAAUAUGAAGAGUUCAGAUGGCAAUAGCAGUGAAAGCACCCAGCAAGACCGCUGAGUUGAUCAUACUAAAUCACUUUCCCAUGUGCAGUUUUGCUGUUUGCGUAUGCACAAAAUAUGAAGAGUUCAGAUGGCAAUAGCAGUGAAAGCACCCAGCAAGACCGCUGAGUUGAUCAUACUAAAUCCACGAAGUAUGAGAGCCUACGUAUGAGAAAAGUGGUUGUGGAAAAGUGAGGCGGUUCUGUAUCACAGAAUUGGGCAGCAGCUUCUGCAACACAGCAACACCAUGCUGGAGGGGAGACAGCCACAGCUAUUUUGCAUCUGUUAUUUAUGCAUGAUUGUCAUUUGAAUUAAAAGUUCGAGAAGCUUAAAGCUAUCAAAACUGCCACAGGGCAGGAAAACAAUCUUCAUCUGUUAAAUAUUAAAACAGCUGGCACUUAAAGCAGGUUUUAAAUAACCCAAUUCAUUCCGGGCACUACCUUAAUCAGCCAAGUACUGUACAAUAAAUGUCUCUGUUCUGCCCCCUGCCCCCGUACCAAAUAAAUACAGGUUUCGUUUGUUUAAUGUCAAGACCAGUCAUGGGAAGUCCUUUUUCAGUCCAAGGGGCCACUUUUGCCUUUUGGGGGCCAAAUGCCAGUGGUGGGCAGGGCCAGAGGGUAAACUUGGGUGGAGCCACAGGUGUGACACCACUUUGCACAGCAGGCUACACUGCAGCCUUGUGAAAUCCACACACAUGCACACACCACUCCCUCCAGCCUCCAUCCAUGCAAGAAAACAGGAAGAUCAUCCUGUUCUGGCCAGGCAAAAGCACACAAAGAGGGUUCAGAGUAGGGCCAGUGAGGAGUCUAGGCUGAGAAGUGGAUGUUGCCAAGUGCAAAUCUUGAGGACUGGAUAAGGAGACCUGUUCUUGGAGAUACAUAGUGAAGGGAACGGGGGGGGGGGAGACACCAAGGGUUUAGCUAUCCCUAGGAUGUGUCAGAUUAAUAACAUUUCUAGAAAAGACAAUUAGGUUUGUUGACAAAGGAAAUGCAAUACAUAGAACAAGGGGUGGGGGGAGGUGGGAGGGAGUCCAUUGCUUGAAGCCCAGAACACUCAACUUGGAAAUGACUUCAAAUUCUUAAGUCAGUGAAUGUUUUGUUUUUGUUUUUUAGCUGUGA